AUGGAAUUCAAAUUGGAUUGCUCUUUCUUACCGAUAGCGAUGACACAUGCAACGUAGCCUGUCAGAAAUCGCUGUUUUAUCUAGCAUAUAAUUUUGUUAUGCAUACUUGACGGAGCAGUGGUUCAAUAUUAUUUGAAUUAACGUUAACUCUACAAAAUUCAACGAUGUCAGGCCCGCCGCCUCCUCCACCUCCAAUGAUGAAGUUACCAGUCUCAUCGGAUUCUGGUGGCGAUCAAGGCAGAAAUAUGCUCUUACAAUCAAUUCGAGCCGGCAAACCAUUAAAAAAAACCGUUACCGUCGACAAAAGUGCUCCAGCUAUUGCAGGAAAAAUUGGAGGCGAGUCCUCUAGUAUUUCAUCAUCUGUUGGUGGAAAUAAUAAUAACUCCAGCUCUAACGGCAGUAGUAUUAAUAAUAAUAGUAACACUGGUCCAAUGGGUCUUGGCGGAUUAUUCGCUGGUGGUAUGCCAAAGCUGAAACCGACUGGCCUGCGAGGAAACGUUACGGAUCGAGGAAAUGUUACAGAACGUGAUAAUUUUAGCUCCAAUGUUACACACAGUAAUAAUGCAAAUACAAAUACCAAAAGGGGUCCGCCACCCAUUCCUCCACCAGCUACACAGAAGCCCCAAAUACUCCAGAGUGUAUCUGACUCAGCUUUAACGAAUUCAGAGCAAUCACGAGGGUUUGGAAAGCCAACAUUUGUUCCAAAACCCCCUCCACCCUCAUCUGUGGCUCCACAGAAACCGUCACCGCCUCAAUUUGCUGCUCCACAGAAGCCGUCUCCACCUCCAAAAAAGAUUAAUCUAAGCAGUCUUCAUUCAUCUAGCGGAGGCGUAACAAGAGCCCAAAGCAUGCGAGUGCCUCGGACUCCUCCAGUUCUUGCACCAACCUUGUCUUCUCUUCAUCAAUCUCAAGAUUGCUUGAACGAUCCACAUCCACCUCCACCUCCCAGGCCAACUCCUCGUCAUUUAAGACCACCCGUCACUAGACCGCCACCACCUCCUCCCUCUAGAAUAACAGCUGCACCUAGCAUGCCUCCUCCCCCGCCGCCACCCGUUCAUCGAUCUGGCAAUUCGCAUCAAAGACAUGCUCCACCCCCUCCGUCUCCACCAACGCCUCCCACAAGAGGUUCUUCGAUGAUGCGUAACGGUCAAUCUUCAAGCUGGUUGGAUUUUGAGACAAGAUUCGCCGACACGUUUCAUUCUGCCUCAACAUUUCCACCUCCAGAACCUUUCAAGGGAUUCCCAAAAGUCUACAAUAGCAGAAACGCUAAACAACAGGCUCCUGCUCCACCGCCAACAACCCCCAACACGAUGCUUCAACUUAAUUCAACUCAUGGAGAAAGACAGUGGCCACGCGAUGCAGCUUCGUCCGCCUGUUAAAUAUUUCACUAAAUUUAGUCUUCCAUACGUCUAUUUCACCGAACAGUCGACAGUAAGAUCUUUAUGUACAUUUUUUUUUCAUUUUUAUCUCCCAAUAUGAUAUUGUGUUACGGUCAUUACAAAGAUACGGAAUGUAUUAAUCAAUAAUAGACCAUUUUAAGUUAGAGUCUGUAUUAUAGAGGGAUAGAGGUAAGUGCGCUAAAUGAAAUUUCGAAUUUUAGAAUCAUACGUAUAUCAAUGCUAAAUGGUCAAAACUUAUCUUGAUAUCCUCCGCAAAUUCAUCAGCUACUUUAGUACUGUUGAAAUUAUUUAUUUAAACAAAAAAAAAAAAAAAAAAAAACGCAGUUACUUACGUUUCAGUCAACUUAAUAAAAAUUAACUACAAUAUUAGAAACUACUAAACUAAUGCACUCUGUUGUCUAGUCACUAAUUCUGCACUACAUUGAAUGAGCUCAUGUUCAUUAGUAAAGUUUUAAAAAUUCAAAAAACUUAGUAAUACUAAAUGAUUAUUCAAUGAUCUGUUAACUUUGAUUCUCUAGUUGAUUUCAUUUCUAGUUUAAACCGUGCAAUGUGAAUAUUUUACCUGUUUUUAAUUGUGAACAUUUUCUUACAAUACUUUAAUUAUAAAACCCUUGGGUAAGGCGGUUAAAUUAGACGGACUGUUUUAGCAGAGUGAUCAAUAAUUGAUUUAUUAAAUUAGAUGUACAGCAACGAUAAUAUAAUAAGUUUACUUUUUUAA